GAAACAAACAUCCAUCCAGAGGGAACGGGAGACGGAGAGAGAGAGAGAGAAAGAGAGGCAGGAGGGCGAGGAAGGGAGAAGUGCACCCACUUAAACCUGUCCGACACGGAGGACAACGCCACAUAAACACAGCUAGACGCAGAAAAGGACGCUACGAGGACGUGAAACCCUCGACCUUUUCCCCCCCUCCUCUGCCAGGACAACACGGCCACUUCAUCUGUCGUCUCUCGAGUAACUUCAUCGAUUUUCAGCAGGUGAUGAUCUUGGAUUAUUGUUUUCCCCUUUUUUAACGAGGAUGAGUCUUGCUCAGCUUAUCGAGCAAUGGCCCAAGAGACGAACCAGAGCCCGGUGCCCAUGCUUUGUGCCACAGGCUGUGGUUUCUACGGCAACCCAAGAACCAAUGGAAUGUGCUCCGUGUGCUAUAAGGAACACCUGACACGGCAGCAGAGCAGCGACCGCAUGAGCCCCCUCAGCCCUAUGGGCUCAGCUGCUAGUCCUACCUCAGAGGCCUCGGCCAUCCAGAGACUAGAAGCCAGUCUAGCCAAGGUUGAUGCCUCCCCUGCCUCUUCACCAGACAUGUCUAGAACUAUUCAAGGAUCUCUUCCUGUGACUCAACAAAUGACAGAGAUGAGCAUCUCGAGAGAGGACAAACCAGAACCCCUAGAACCUGUUGUAAACCAGCCUGCUGCUUCUAGCCCUGCUCCUGUAGCUUCCUCCAGCAGUGACGAUAGCAAGAGUGACACCCCCAAACCCAAGAAGAACAGGUGCUUCAUGUGCCGCAAGAGGGUGGGCCUUACAGGCUUUGACUGUCGCUGUGGCAACCUGUUCUGUGGCAUCCACCGGUACUCCGACAAGCACAACUGCCCCUAUGAUUACAAGGCCGAGGCCGCCGCCAAGAUCCGUAAAGAGAACCCCGUGGUGGUGGCCGACAAGAUCCAGAGAAUAUAGAUCCAACAACGCGAACAGCAGCGGCGGCAAUGAUGACAACACCUUUGACAAAGACUGGAGUAUGAGUGUGAACCUUUUGAAAUGAGCACUGGCACAAGUGGCUAAGUGAGGAUUGAAAGGACUCGAUUUACAGAAUUACAACCUUGGGGGGGGGAAGAAGAAAACAAAAAGAAAAGAUCCUGUCUGAGGGCGAUGCAUGAAUGAUCACCUUUCUUCUUUUUUUGAUUAAUUCAUUAGUUUGUUUUAUCCUAUUAUCUGUGGUGUGACCUUGCCGCUGUUCAGUCCUUUUUUUGUUUUUCUCAGAAUAUGUAUUGUCUUAUCAAGAGCAGCCCAGGCUGUCCAGGAUAUGCUGUGCUCCUCUCACCCAACCAGGCGCCAUUUUGUGCCAAACCAUAGACCACCAUUUUACCCUGUCACGUGUCAGACACUGGCAGGUCUUUUAAAACAUUCAGACUGUAACAGUGUAACAGUCCACACGAGUUGUGUCCCUCAGCCGUUGAACUUGUCCCGAGCUCCGUGGGUGCCGGAGCCGGUCAGCGUUCGGAAAGCCGCCUCCCGUCGUGCACAAGGGGCUUUGUUACCUUGUCUCUGUCUUUCCUAGCUUUACCUACCUCACAGCAGCCGUGUUGAGCUUUGUUGUCUUCCCGUUUUACUUUUUUUAAUUUUCUCUCCAUCCGCUUUGACCCCAGCAGAACAGUGGAUCAUCUUGGUAGUUGGCCUCAGUGACCCCCUCUGAUCGGGCUGUUCAGUUUUCGGCUGGAGGUAUCACGCUAGACAGGGACAAACAAAACUCCUCCACAUGUUCACCGGAUUUCAACCUUUUCAGUUAUUUCCCAAACUGAUGCGCGCUGGUGUUGCAGACGCCUGGUGCAGGGCUGUGUGCGCCGAUGUGUGGCCUGAGAGGAAGGACGGCACCCUUCCCUGGCAGGUCUGGUUGGUGAAUUUAAGCCAGGAAUAUUGUAGGGGUAUGAACGAGUGAAUGGGAUAAAUGCAUGAGUUACUGUUCAUCUACAUUAGUGUUUCAGAAAUGUUUGGCAUCACUCAACUUAGGGUUUUAUUUGCUGAGAGACAAUUAUCUGUUAUAUUAGCUUUUUUUUUCCUCUUCCGUCGAUAUUGUACUGAUGUUAGCGCAUGUAUUCAGUGCAGUUGUGGAACUAGGGGUAUGUGAACCAUUACUUUUUUCUUUUACUUUUUUAAUCAAAAAAAACAAAACAAAACAAAACAAAGCGCUAACAGAACGUUCAUGUGAGCACAGUGGGUGUAUGUGUGUGUUUGUUCCCCGAACCCUCGUCGUCUGUGGAGCUACCCGGUUUAUCAGCACAUGUUUACAGAACUACAGGAGCAUGCCAGAGCUAGAUUUAUGAAAAAUAAUAAUAGAUACCAAGAUUAGAUGUAACUUCUCAUCUGUCUAACAGCUAUUGGUCUGUGUGUCUGCUUUAGAGCACCGUAGAGGAGUGUGUGUGUGGAUGAGUGUGUGAGAGAGAGUGUGUGCAUGUGUGUAUUCAUGGCUGCCUGACACAUUGAAACCAUGUAUGUAUGUGACUUGAGUUAACCCCCUGCCCCCCUUUUUUCUCUCCUCUGUAAGGAUGUGUUUUUCAUUUAAAAGACAGCUGUAUGUAUCCGUUUGAGUUUUUCCCUUUCUGAUUCUUAGUUAUAUGCAAAUUUGUACAAAAAAUGAAAAAACAACAAACUGUGUUGAUAUUUAUGUAUUACAUAUAAUCUUGCUAUCCAGCAUUACAACAGAAUAGUAUCAUGUAAAUAAAACUGUACAGAGAGACAUUA